AUUGCAGCGACGAAGGGGGAAGGUGGCUCAAGAACGAACUUCCCCGUUAGCUCGCCACGCUUGAUCUCAGGCGAAAACACGAGAAACCACGACCGUCGGUCAAACCACCAUAUCUCUCGCUUCGUCGGCGGUCGUCGUCGGAGGAGGACGAAGAAGAAGAAGAAGAAGAAGAAGAAGCGGAGAAGCGGAGCAGUUACGCACAUGGCUCUCUCUCGGCUCCGGAGCCCGGUGAUCUCGCGCGCGCCUCUUCUCUUCCGAGCCCGCUCGCUCUCCGCCGCCGCCGCCGCCGCCGUGUCCUCCUCUCGACGCGCCUCCCGCUCUUGCAAUAGGAGGAACUCUUCUGUGAUAGAUGAAGCAACAUUAAGGCCUUCUUCUUUCUCCACCACUGGGGUUCAUGAUACUUAUUUGAAGAAUCGGCUGCAAGUUGGUGUGCGAUACUUCUCAUCCACAGAUGUUCCUCCACAUACCGUUCUCGGGAUGCCAGCCUUGUCCCCUACAAUGAACCAAGGGAACAUAGCAAAAUGGAGGAAGAAAGAAGGAGAUAAGAUAGAAGUGGGAGAUGUAUUAUGUGAAAUAGAGACAGACAAAGCAACUUUGGAGUUUGAAAGUCUUGAAGAAGGAUUUUUGGCUAAAGUAUUGGUACCUGAUGGUUCAAAGGAUGUUCCUGUUGGACAACCUAUUGCAAUAACGGUGGAGGAAUUAGAUGAUGUUCAGAAGAUACCAGCUUCCAUCACUGGAAGAUCAGAAGCUAAAACUGAAAAAGUUUUUGAUGAGAACAUAACUUCUGAAGGUGGUGUGCGGGAGACAAGUUCUGUUAAUAUCAACACAUCUGAACUUCCUCCUCAUGUUGUCCUUGGAAUGCCAGCAUUAUCUCCCACAAUGAACCAGGGGAACAUUGCUAAGUGGAUAAAAAAGGAAGGGGAAAAGAUAGAAGUGGGCGAUGUGAUAUGUGAGAUAGAGACAGAUAAAGCCACUCUUGAGUUUGAAAGUCUUGAAGAAGGUUACUUGGCCAAGAUACUAGCACCAGAAGGUUCAAAGGAUGUGCCUGUUGGACAACCAAUUGCAGUAACAGUUGAAGAUCCAGAUGAUAUCGAGCAUGUGAAAAAUUCUCUUGGCAGUGGUUUGGCGCAGGAAGAAAAGCCCAUCCAUGAAAAACCGAGAGCUGAAGUUAAUCCGGGCAAAUCUACUUUUUCAAGGAUCAGUCCAUCUGCAAAAAUGCUUAUUGCGGAGCAUGGACUGGACUUAUCUUCAUUGAGGGCAACAGGUGCCCAUGGCACUUUGCUAAAAGCAGACGUUCUAGCUGCGAUUAAGUCUGGAAAAGUAUCUCCAAGCAUACACAAAGAUAAAAAACCUUCGAUCGAGACUUCCCCCAAGUCAACAGCCAAAAUAGCAGAGACUAGUGCUCACGUGAAGCGGUCAGAUUCUUUUGAAGAUCUGCCAAACAGUCAGAUUCGCAAGGUUAUCGCAAAAAGAUUAUUGGAGUCGAAGCAGACUACACCACAUUUAUACUUGUCUAUUGAUGUUGCACUGGAUCCUCUACUUUCAUUUAGAAAAGAGCUGAUAGAGCAGCAUAAUGUGAAGGUCUCAGUGAAUGACAUUGUCAUCAAGGCUGUAUCCGUUGCCCUCAGAAAUGUACCAGAAGCAAAUGCCUAUUGGGACACUGACAAGGGGGAGGUGAUUCUCUGUGAUUCUGUUGAUAUAUCAAUUGCGGUCGCAACUGACAAGGGUUUAAUGACUCCAAUUGUCAGAAAUGCAGACCAGAAGACCAUAUCUUCAAUAUCCGCAGAGGUGAAGGAAUUGGCUGAAAAGGCCCGAGCAGGGAAACUAAAGCCAAAUGAAUUCCAAGGAGGAACUUUCAGCAUUUCAAAUUUGGGAAUGUUCCCAGUGGACCACUUUUGUGCAAUUAUCAACCCCCCACAGUCUGGUAUACUUGCAGUUGGGAGAGGAAAUAAAUUCGUUGAACCAGUAACCGGAAGCGACGGGGUCGAGCGUCCUGCAGUUGUCACGAAAAUGGCCUUGACAUUAUCUGCUGAUCACCGAGUAUUUGAUGGCAAAGUCGGAGGUGCAUUUCUUUCGGCUCUCCGUUUGAACUUCAGCGACAUGCGAAGGCUUAUGUUGUAAUAGCAUGGAAAAUGCCCUAGUCAGCUGUCGGGCGCUUCAUCAUCUUACCGAAGCAGUGGCUUCACUUCCUAGAUUGUUUAGAAUGAUUCGGGACGAUCUUUGCUACUUUAUGUGGGGAUCGAUGUUCCAUUGAACCCCCUUGCUAGUCCCAUCGAAGGAUCAAAUUUUUGUCGAUUCGUUGCACCCAACUCGCUUGAGAGGGAAUUAAGUUAUCCAGGCGAGGAAUGAUUUGCGGCACCUGACUCGGGCUUUCAAAUUUUAGCUCCAGGAAUAAAAAUCUCAUUCCACA